AUGGCUGAUCGAAUGGACAUCACCAUGGAUUUCCCGUCGUUUGACUUGCAGUUAACGCAAUUAUCACACGAAGAGAGACGAUGGUUGUGGACACAGAAAGAACAGUAUAAACUCGACAAAAUAGUGCACAAUGUUGCUGAUCUAUACAAGCAUAUUCAAAGUUGUAGUCUAGUAUCAUACAUUCAAAAGUUACUAACACCUAAAACGAUGAUUGCAAAGCCAGCGUUAGACGAUAAAUUUCAUUUAUAUUAUUCAUCGACGAUGAAUGGUAAUAACAACCAAGAGAUCGAUCAAUUUCGUCUCUAUCAUCAACAACUGUUUCGCUUGACGUUUGCGGACAUCGUUUCGAAUGUCGAUUAUUUAAUGUUCGUCAUCUUCCUCGAAGGCACUCUCUUCUAUUCAACUCAGACAGCAAAAGAAUAUUCAGCUGCUUUCACUACUGAAAUGCGCAAAUGUUUAUCAUCGUUUGAUACUUAUAUUCAAACACGUGCAACAAAGUUACUUAAUGUGAUAUCAUUAGCUUCUGAAUCACAACUUUCAAUCUACACACCAAUUCAUUUAUCUCAACAAAAUCAUUCAGAAAUACUUUUUCAGUUAUACCCAAAAGUCAAAUAUUAUGUCCAACAGUCAAUGCCAUUUAAUUCGAUCUUAGCGACAGAUGGAUAUGUGACACACCGGAUUUCACCCGAAGAACUACGCUAUAUUGACUACUCACUGAAUAUGAAACAUCAACGGUAUGUUGUCGAUGGAUUUCUCGGAACUCAAGCAGCUGGCCCAUUGACAAUUUACCCUACAUCUCGACCGACAACAGUUCGUAGUAUACCAACACGUCCAUCUGUCACUCAUUCAAUUCUACAUUCAUUGCCAAUUAUUUACCCAUACUCUGAUGAUAUGGUUUAUGCACAAACGUAUCCUACAUUUUGGCAGGGCGAUCAUCACUUAAAAGAGCACAAUGAUGCUCUUUUCUAUAGCUCCCCAGUUGACAAAAGCACGGCCGAAUACUUAUUCGUUCAACGAUUAUUUCACCAAACUCUCUGUGAUAAAAAGACAAACAUCAUUGUGAUUGAACGCAUUCAAAAUCCACAUCUCUGGGAAAAGUUCUGUUCACAUCGUCGAUAUAUGCGGCAAAAGAAUGGUAGCGAUCAAGUAAACGAAGCUUGGCUUUUUCAUGGGACCAAGUCGGACAAUCAUCAUCAUAUAAUUUCACACGGCUUCAAUCGUUCUUAUUGCCGAGAAACGGUUUACUACGGGCGCGGUGUUUAUUUCAGUCGUUUUGCAGCUUAUUCGCAUCUUUACGGUGAUCAGAAAGAUCUCUCUCACCUUUUCCUUUGCCGUGUACUUGUUGGUUAUCAUACAUAUGGUGCUAACGAUAUUCAUGUCCCACCGGAAAUUACGACAAACAACGGCAAAAAAGUAAAAGCUGAUUCGACAACUGAUCAUCAGACGCCGUACGGUAUUGUCUGUACGUUUUUGGAUGAUCAGAACUAUCCGGAAUAUGUUAUAACAUAUGUGAACAAAUGA